AUGAAGUUGACGGUCGGGGUUACUACUUGGCUGCUCGGCUUACACAGCGUGCUAGGUCAAGUCGGCGCGCCCGUCCGAACCAGCAGUGGAUUGAUUGAGGGCCACGCAGCCGCUCGACGACCAAGCGUGUCGGAGUACCUGGGGAUCCCCUAUGCUGAGCCCCCAAUCGGGGACCUCCGGUUUGUGCCGCCGGUUGUAUAUAGCGCCAACGACACGAUUCGCGCGGCGAAAUAUGUAUCAAUAAACAGAGACUGUCCGGGAAUCGUCGGUACCACUCCCGACUACCCCGGGUUUAGGCCGCAAGCCCCUCGCAUCUUCAAAUCGUUUGCGCAGCAAUUGAACACUCCGCAGAGCGAGGACUGUCUGUAUUUGAAUGUGUGGACCAGACCGAGCGACGCCCGGAAGCCCGUCCUUCUAUUCAUCCAUGGUGGCCGUUUCACCCUGGGUGGUGCCCAUAGUCCCUACUACGAUGGACAGGCACUGGCCGAUGAGAAGGAUGUGGUCGUAGUAACCUUCAACUACCGCCUCAAUAUCUUUGGAUUCUCCGGCGCGCCAGGGUUCCCCCAGAACGUCGGACUUCUGGACCAGCGGAUGGCCGUCGAAUGGGUGCAUCGAAACAUCGCAGAUUUUGGUGGCGAUCCUAACCGUAUUACGAUCUUCGGGCAGUCGGUCGGCGGUUCCUCAGUCGACUACUACUCGUAUGCAUGGACCGAGGAGCCACUGGUGAAUGGCCUCAUCUCGCACUCCGGAACCGCACUCAGCUUUGAGCCUAACUCUGCCGAUCUGUCGGCCAGCUAUUUCUUCCACGUUUCUGAAACGCUAAAUUGCGGUGACGCCCAGAUAGAAACCGAGAAAGCCGUCCAGUGUAUUCGCCAGAGACCCUUCCAAGAAAUUCUGAAAGCUGUCGCGAAGGUCCCUCCCGCCGAUUCGCCAACACUACCCCAGCCUGUCUUCCAUCCCACCAUUGACGGCAUCACCGUGUUCGAUGACUAUCCUGCACGCUCCGCAGCCGGCAAAUUCAUCCACGCACCAUACCUUUUCACAAUGACCGACAGAGAAUCUGGCUAUUACCGCAUCAACGCGUUCGCAGCCAACAUCUCCCGACCCGACGCCGUCUGGGACCGCUUCGACCUAGCCGCCUUCACAUGCUCGACCGGCCAGGCAGCCGCCGACCGCGUAUCCCACGGCGUGCCGACCUGGCACUCGCGCUAUUUUGGCGACUGGCCCAGUCAGCGCCUGUACCCGACCAGUGGGGCUUAUCACGGCAGCGACCUGCCCCUUCUCUUUGGAACGACCGAGGAGGUGACUGGGCUGCCGCCUAGCGUUAACCAGCAUCGCUUUUCGAUAUAUAUGAUGUCAGCGUGGGUGGCUUUCGCGGCUGAUCCGCAUGAGGGUCUGAGUCGGCUUGGGUGGCCUGGGUACGAACCGGGUGCAAAAACGUUGGUCGGGCUGGCUCAUCACAAUGGUGCUACUGCUAGAUUGCUUGACCCGGAGGAGUUUCAAAGGGAGUGUGCGUCGCUCAAUGAGUACAGCGGACCCAGCCCGGAAUGGAUCGCGUUAGAGGCGACCCUCCCUCCACCCCCAAAGCAGAGCCUCGAGGAAUUGAAGGUCUUCUCAAACAACCACCGCGAGGCAGCCUCAGCAGAAGCAAUGAUCAAAGAAGCGCAACUAACAGCGUCAGGUCUUGAUUCCCAGGUGACAAUCAAAGACCACACCGUUCCCGCGCGGGACGGCCACCCGCUAGAAGGACGCAGCUACCGGCCCUCCGGCGCACCCCCAUCGGAAGUCCUCCCCGUCUUCAUCUAUCUCCACGGCGGGGGCUUCCUCUUUGGAACGCUGAGCUCCGAAGACGCCGCCUGCGCACGCAUAGUCGCCACCCUCGCCGCCGCAGGAUGCCCCAUCGUUGUCUUCAACCUCAACUACCGCCACACCCCGGAGUACCCGGCUCCUGUGGCAUGGACCGACACCGAAGACGCCUUCCACUGGGUGCACGACCACCUCUCCGAGAUCGGAGGCGACGGCGACCAGGUCAUAGUGGGUGGGGUCUCAGCAGGGGCCCUGCUAACCGUGUCGUUGGCGCUCCAGCAGAAUUCGGGGGAAGACGCCAAUCUGGCCCAGCGGCCUCGCAUUCGAGGCCAGGUACUCAUAAUCCCGCCUUUGGUCCAUCACACGUGUUAUGACGGGAUGCUGGCGCAGAUGCGCGACCCGAGUGUCUCGAGCUUCGUGGAGUGUCGGGAUGCGCCAAUUCUGCCGGUGGAGAGGAUCAAACUGUUUAUGAAUUUGCUGGGGCCAGCGCCGGAUUUGAAGGAUCGUAGGUCAAAUCCCGGGUAUGCGACACCGGAGGAGGUUAGGGGGUUGCCGCCUGCGGUGUUUGGCGUUGCGGGGAUGGAUCCGCUGCGCGAUGAGGGGCUGCUUUUUGCGAAGCUCCUUAGUGAGAAUGGGGUUCCGACGGAUGUGAGCGUGUUUCCGGGUCUGCCUCAUGGAUUCCGUCGAUAUGGAGAUAAAUUGUCGGGAUCGAAGAAGUGGGAUGAUGUGAUUACGGAUGGGAUCAAGUGGGCUUUGGAUAAGCCGGAGCCAAAUGCUUUCAAGAUCAAGGUUCCAUGA